GUUUAGGUUCCGUUUAGUCCGUACGAUCCAAAGCAAUAUAAGGAUAGUCUUCGAUACAUCCCUGGUAUACCCCCCCACUAAAUUGCACCUACUCACAUGUCUGAACAACCCGAGAAGACUGCAACCCCGGUGAAAAAGUCUGUUGGGUUUGCACCCCCUCCAGAAGAAGAUCUUCGUGAACAUCAUAAACGUCUCCAUGAGAUUGAACAAGAGAAACUCAAGUCCAACCCAUUCCAUCGAAUCCCACCAGAAUUGGCCUACUUGGAGAAAAGAGGGAAAUCCUCUGACCCCAAACCAAUCACUCCACCUUCCAAACCCACUCCUAAAGCCUCCACCAAGAAAUACAAAGAAUUGGGUGAUCUUCGUGCACUUACGAUCAAGGACAUAUCGGUGCAGAAUAAGCAAACUGAACUUAAUUUCAACUACCCAACCAUUGACAGACCUAUUGGACCUACAAAGAUUAUUGUGGAUGUGAAGUAUGCCUCAUUGAACUCAUACGAUCUAGGUAAGGUGAACAAGUAUAUCUUGAAUGUAAGUGCUGCAAAAGUUGGUCUUGGAUAUGAAUUUUAUGGGGUAAUCAGUGAGGUUGGUUUGAAUUAUCAGGGAGAAACACUGCAGUACCAUGUGGGACAACGUGUGUUUGGUGUUGUGUCGCCAUUGGAGAAGAAGGGAGCUCUUUCCACCUCUAUUUUGGUCAAUCCAAUUCGAGAUAUUUUGAUUGUUGUUGAUGAAGAAAUGGACAAGAAAUUGAAGAAAAAAUUGGAAACUUUUCAAUUAGGAUCUUGGGGUUAUAAAGGUGAGGAGAAAUUUGAUUUGGAGGAUGAUAAUGAAGAAGAAGUGGAACAACAAGUUAAAUCGGGAGAUAAGAAGGAGAUUGAAGGAGAUGAUAACCCUUAUGAUACUAACCCAGAAUCAACCUCUACCUCGACCAAGGAAGAAGAAGAAGAAGAAGUUAAAUUAUCACCAGUAACAACUUCUACUUCCACCAAAUUAUCUAAACCACCACCAUUACCCUCAUCGAUUGAAAUCCCCGCUGAAGCACUUCUUACUACAUUCCCAGUACAUUACUGUCGUGCUAAGAAGGCGCUUUCACAUCUCCCACAUGCAACUUCCCUUAAUAUCCUCAUCAAUGGAGCUGAUACAGAUUUGGGUAUAACCAUACUUCAACUUCUUAACUCUUCUAUUUACUCACAUGUGACUAAACUCAAUAUAAUUUUGGUGAUACGUCAUUCUUCAAUCGAUCAUUUUGAACAAUUGAUUCAUCAUUUCACCUCUGGUCGUUAUUAUGACCCUUCAGUGCUGAAAACCAUCCAUCUCACUCCAUUUGAUUCCCCCAAUGAAGAUCUUGUACUCCCAGGUGAGAAAAUCCCUAUCAAUUAUAAGAAACCGACUUUUUUCGCCUCAGAGAUUAUUGAUGCACUCUUGACUGAACCAGAUCAUUCAAGAAAAAUUACUAAACAAGAAAUUAAUAAUUAUAAACUUGAUUCAAUUAUUGAUAUUAUUGGUGGUAAUAAAUAUUUCCAAACUCUGUCGAUUAAAUAUGAUAAAUUGGAAACUUUACUGUUCCCAUAUCUUACGAGAAUAUCAACAUCAUCAUCACUUUCCGAACUUUUCCAUUCGGCAACAGUGGAACCUUUACUUAUGAAACUUCUCAAGCCAAAGAGUUUAGGGUCUAGUUAUGUGGCUUGUUGUAAGCAAGGGCUUUCUCAACCAUCAUAUCUUGUUGAGGAUUUGAUUCAAGAGUCUUCAGAAAUGAUUAGUAGUCCAUGGACCAUGAAAUGGUCGGUUGGACUUGCCAAUGCUUGGUUGGCCAGAUAUAAUUUCUUUCAAGAUAUUGAAUUGGAAAUUAAAAAAGAGUGGAUCCUUGAAGGAUUAGAUUUAUAUUUCAAUGAUGAAUUGAAUAUUAGAGUUGAUAAAUGUGCAGAUUGGAGAAAGAAUUUUAGAUCUAUCAUCAAAGAAAUGAAGACAAGUGAUAAAAAAGUUAUAUUUAAAGUUGAAGAUUUUUAGUGAGUAAGAGUGAAAGAGAGUAAGAAUUGGUGAAUGAGAAUGGAUAUGACAAAUGAAUCUUAUAAUUCUGAAUUGUACAAAUGUAUCAAUCAACUGCUCCAUGUAUAUAUGUUCUAAGUCCCAUUUUUUUUUUUUUUUAGU